GGCGGGCGCUGCGGGGGUGUCGGGUUAGAGCGAGGCGUGACCCAGCUGACGGGCGCCGUGCGGAGCCGUGCGGCGGGCGCGGAGCCGGAGCCGGCGGGGAGCAGCAGCAGCAGCAGACAGCGGCGCGCGGCGUCGGUAGCGGUCGGCUCUGGCGCGGCGUCUCGUCCACCCCCUCGUGAGCCUGGGGAACCUGCAGCUCAAAGCCGCUGCCAGCCACACCACCAUGUACCCCGGCAACAAGCGGAAAAAGCUCUGGCGGGAGGAGAAAGAGCGUUUGCUGAAGAUGACCUUGGAAGAAAGGCGCAAAGAGUACUUAAGGGAUUAUGUUGCAUUGAAAAAUAUUCCAACAUGGAUGGAAGACUUAAAAAAUAAGAGCGAAACUGAUGGUGAAAACACUAAAGAAGAUCUGCAAGGGAAGAAAAGUCUGGGCGAGAAAGUUUCUCUCUAUAGAGGUGACAUUACAUUGCUUGAGGUUGAUGCCAUCGUUAAUGCUGCUAAUUCCAGCCUGCUUGGUGGUGGAGGAGUGGAUGGCUGUAUACACAGAGCUGCUGGGCCCUGCUUGGUUGCUGAAUGUCGCAACCUGAGUGGCUGUGAGACUGGGCAAGCAAAAAUUACAUGUGGCUACGACCUACCUGCAAAAUAUGUGAUCCAUACUGUUGGGCCGAUUGCAAGAGGCCAUCUCACUGACACUCAUAAAGAAAACUUGGCAAACUGCUAUAAAUCCUCUCUGAAACUGGCAAAAGAAAACAACAUCAGAUCAAUUGCAUUUCCCUGUAUUUCAACAGGAAUUUAUGGUUUUCCAAAUGAGCCUGCUGCUGUCAUUGCCCUUAACACUAUUAAGGAAUGGUUAAGCAAGAACCACAAUGAGGUGGAUCGUAUCAUCUUCUGCGUCUUUUUGGAGGUUGACUACAAAAUAUUCAAGAAGAAAAUGGGCGAGUUUUUCCCUCUAGAUGAUGCUAAUGAAGAGGGGACUGAGCUGAGUGAAGAGACAGAAGGAUUGGAACAAAAAGGCCAGCCUCCAUCUCCCACAAAGAGCAAAGCAGAGCAGCCUGAAGACCUGCAAGAUGAUGCUGAAGGUGGUAAUGGCACAGAGGAGAAGCAAAAGACCGAAGAAACGGAGGCCCAGAGCCAAGAAGCAGAUGAGACGAAAGCUUCAGCUGUAGCCACCCUGUCAUCAUCAGAAGAAACAGAACUGAGUGAGGAUAAAGACUCCCUGAAAGACUCCAAAGGUGCACAGGAGAGUGACCCAGUACAUCCUAUGGGGUGUGAACAAGAUCAAGCCGAAGGACAACAGGAUGUUUCUCCAGAGGAGAUGAAAAGUGGGGCAGAUUCCCAAAGCUCCUGCAUGGAAAUAGAAGAGCCCUUGUUGAACCAAGAAGACACAACAGAAGUGGAGAUACCUUUGAUUCAUGGUGCAGAGAAAAAAGAAGGAGGAGGAAAAGAAGAAGGGAUGCAAGGGAAAGAGGAAACUUCUGCGGAGCCCAUGACAGUUGACCUCGUGUCUGAAGCAGCAGAUGUUUCAAAUAAGGAUGCUGAAAUGAAUAGUCAAGUUGAAAGUAUAAACGAUCCUACGGAAACAAAGCGAGAAGCUUAAGUAACAGGAAGGAUGCAGGAGAGGAGAGACCCGAGGAAACCCAACGGGCAGGCGCUGACAUCAUACGGCAUCAUUCUUGGCAGAAAAGAGCAUGCAGAGAUGCUCCGUGGGUUGGGAGGGAGGGCGGCUUUGGGGAAAUGACUCUUUGCUUUAAUUUCUCUUUGUUCUUCAUUGCAUUUUGUUCUGUAAGCCUGUUGGAAAGACACAUAACUUCCCAAUUCUAAACAUGUUUUGCAAUGACCCCUGCAAUUACAGCAGUUUCUUCUGAACUGUGAGUCCCUGUCUUAUCUUGGGUCUCUCUUCCUCCUGCACUAUACCACCAGUAGCCUGUUUCCAGGCCCACCCCUUUUCUACCAUCUUUACCAUCUUUUCCAGUUACAGUACUGUCUGCAGGCAACCUGUGGGAGCCAGUUUAUUCUCCUCCCCCCGCUCCAUUUUUGUUUUUUAUUAUUUAGAACUUCCCUAGGAUAUAAACAGACAUUUUCUUCAAGAACAUGAACUGCCACAAAGGAUUAUAAUUCUGCACACACUGAUAAACGACCUCCCUCCUUGUGCUAGGGAUUUGAAAGACUAGACGCUCCAAAAUAUCAGAAAUAUUGAUAGAGACAGCCCUGCAUGUUGCCCACCGCCAGGCUUGUCCAUCAGCAGCUCCUGCCGGCACCGGCCAGCAGGUUGCCAUGUCCAAACCCUGGCUGCUAGAAGAGGCGCUGGACAGAUUCCCUUGAGUCCACGCUGGAAGCAGAGUUUGCACGUUAAUUCCAUCAUCCCAGUGCCUCUGGAUCACCCAUAGCCCUGCCCUUCGCCUUUCUUUCUGGCAUGGGAAAGCUAAACCAUGACCAGCCUGUGCUGUGCUAUGUCCCUCUGUGGGUCCGACAUGCAAAUAACACGUGGCCUCCAACUGCCGGCAGCCCAGAUCAGUCCUGCUCUUUUCGGGUUAGCUCCACGCACCUCAGCAUCGGUGCUGGAAGUAUGACCUUAGGGUGUGGGUAGGCAACAGCGAUUUCCUCGAUCCUGCAAGUGACAAAGGAUAACAGGCACUCUGCAAUCAAGACAUCUUUAAAUACGGCUCCCGGCUUUAACAACUUCACGCUGUACCUUGUGUGAGCCCUCAUUAUAUUUUCUACUGCAUAUGCAUGAUUUCUUUUUUUUAAUUUUUUUUAAAAAAAGCAAUUAACAGUUAUUUGGAUAAGAAUGUCUCACCAUAUGUCAAUUGUUCUGCCAGCAAAUGCUGCACUGAAAUUUUUAGAAAAGGAACAAAAGGGUUUCACAUACAUUUCCCAACCGUGCUGUAACCGAAACUGAUAGACAAUACACUCAAUGGAAGAGCACGCAACCCGUGUCCAGGGUGUGAUGUGCUACAAACUGUUUUAAAAUGCUGCUGAUUAUAAUUUGAUCAUUUUAAGUAACGUAAUUGAUUCUGUUCUCCCCCCACAAAUAUGCAUGAAUCCAAAAUAGGUAUUCACUUGCCGGCCAAAAAUGAAAAAAAAAAAAAAGUAUAUAAAAAAAAAACAAACCAAGGUUAGACAUAUCUCUAUCCUCCUGUGAUCUGGGUUUAUCCCAGCUAGAGUAGGUUUGGUUAUGGUUAUAAAUCGUCUGCUGGUGUAACAGCAAGUCACACGUGGCCCUGCACACUGGCUAUGGCAGUUGAUGUCUGCUGUCAGCUGCAGGUUAAUUCGAAAGGGUGUCAGGUCAGCCAAGGACAAGAAAAGAAAACAAGAAAAGCCGCAGAUUUCAGUCAGAGAGUACGGCCCCUAGAAAGGCAGCCCCCCAUCUCCCUGUGUGUGGCUCUAGCACGUUUGCUUGUGGUGGGAUCAGGAGAGUAUUUCCAUGUGCCAGCUCCCGUGGCGUUUUAACCCAGGUGACACUAGCGCUAGAGAAGGUCUCAAGGCGCUUCUUUGUACCUGUUUGUCUUGGAGAUUGGUGGUUGCAUAACUCUGAAUUGGAUCAGCUGUGGAAGGAGUAAGUGAGCUGAUGUAAGCCUGUGAAUUGGGUUUCUAAUAUUGCUAAUUUUACCUAGUUUUGCUAGAUACCACUCCUUUGGCCCUUGUUCUCCCCAGGGCACCCUCAAAGGGACUCCUUGUUCUCAUUGAGGUGUUGCUGCUGCUUUUCUUUCCCAUCCCCGUGGUCAUGCUUGACAGAACAUGUCUUUUGGGAUAUGGAUUCGCCCCCUCCCCCCCUUCCCCUUGUUUCCAGCCGAUUGCGGUUUUGCAGUGGGAGGCCUUGCAGGUAGUACCUCUACAUGGUGCACAUCCCAUAUGUUUCCGAAUGUUCUCUGUACCGGGUGAUUUUGAUUGAAACAGCUUGUUCAUAAUAGGUGGGGCAGGAGUGGAUAAAUACCUCGGAAGGGAAGUAAAUGCACUGGGUGUCUCUCCUUUCAAUCGCCUUUUUGUGUGGUCCCUGUGAAAAGACCAGGAUUGACGGGCUCGCUCUACCUAAGUAAGUGAGGGAACCGGCCCCAGCGGGCUGGGAAUGAACUUGGUGAGCUCGACUUUGAGCUGUGCAAAACGUUGAGGAGAUCCAAGGUGGCCAGGUCCCCAUCCAGGGUGAACUGAGCUCCGCAGAGCUGCGAUAACUGGUCAAUGGAGUAUCCAGUCCCCUGAAUCUAGCUCUGCUCUUGGGCAGCAUGAACAGACCUGUAGGCUGUCAUUAGCCAUGUUAUCAGAUGUCCCUCUUGCUGUUGCCAGCCUCGGGUUUAGUGAGGGAGCCGAAGGGAGAGCCCCACAGGAGGCUGCCUGCUGAGGUGUGAUGGUUCAGCAAGGAGACAAAGACUCCCUAAACUCCUUGUGAGACUGACUGAUAGCUUAAAAAAAAAAAUUAACUGCAAUGAUGCAUCAUGUUAGACACUGUCUAACCCCUGACAGUAAUUUCGUUGCACUUUUCAUUUAAUCUUGGUCCUUGAACAGCAGUGAGUCUUUGAAUCCAUGAACCAUUAGCCUAAGGAUGCACCAGCAAAGUAUGAAGCCCAGGUGGGAAACAUAAAGGAAGAAAAUGCAGGAGUUAAGUCCUUAGAGGACAAUUUGCAGCUGCAUCUGUAUCUCUUUCUUCAGGUGAGUUUUGGUUUGUUGGGGUUUUUCACUAGUCAUAAAGUGAGUGUAGUUUGGCAGCGUGAGUUCCUCAGCUGAGUUCAUAGUUGAGGCUGGACCCAUGCCCCUCGAUGCAGUCUCCACCACUCUUGCUGGAGAUGCAGAAGUGAAGGGAGCUGGUUUUGUAGAAGACCAAGCAUCAGAGCAAGAAUCACUCCACAGGGAUUUAUGUCAAGGAUUUUUGGUUUAAACCUGAAAUGUGUUUGUGGUAGGUGGCGUAAAGGAAUAGCAGCCUUUUGGUGCUGAUGUUCGCAUACAAAGUAUCAGGCUCUGCUUGAUCAUUGUUUCUCCUGUGUCUGAAAGAGCUCAUCCCUACCAUUAAGCACGAUAUUCCUCAGGCUGGUGGCUGCUCUGAUGAUGAAUGGGUUUCCCUCCAUACAGACAUCCAAAGGGGAUGUUUGAGACAUAGUCUGUAAUAAUGGGUCACACGUUCACUGCAGCUAAUUGUCAAUCUUUCUAUAAAGCACCGAGAAAGCCUCUCUGUGAAUUAACACUGUUCUGCUUUAGGCACUUGAAUAAAAAUAUUUAAAAAAAAAAAAAAAAAAAAAGGACUUUUCACUAUAUGCAGUGCAUGCUGGCUUUGCUUUUAAAAUUACAAACUUAACAGAGUAUGUGGAUCUAUUUUCUUGGGAAUAGGGGUUUUUAUCAUAUGAUUCAUCCAGGAUUUGCCUUACCCUGACAUUUGUGAUAUAAAGGAAAGUUUAAAAAAAAAAUCUAAAAAAAGGUAAUUUUCUCAAUCCAAAACUAUGUUUUUACUUCAAUGCAAAGAAAUGUAGACUGUUGCUUCCAAAUUGUCUUCUAAUAGAUGGUCUAGCAGCUAUACUGGUUAAUACAUGCCUCUUCUGUUACUCUGUCAUUUACAUGCUGAAUUUGUCUCAAGAGUCUGUCAUUUUUCCUUUUCUCUGUGCCAUGCGUUGGAAAACUUAAAGAACCGAUGCCUUCAUACUACGAUGUUUGUUAAAGCGAAAUGUUAAUAAAGCUUGUCCCGUAGAUGA